AGUCUAAUUUUUGUUGUACAGCUUCUAAUUAAUUCUCAUAAAUGGAUCGAAUUAUGCAAUCCUUACGGAGAAAAAGACGUCUAAAACAACUUCAAUUGGUAGUAACAAAUGUAGUUGUAGUUCUUAUGAUGUAUUGGGUUUGGUAUAUGACAAGUAUUGCUACGGUUAGGGGUGUUCAAUUGAUCCAAAGUAAAAGAGAUAGAAAAAUAUUGCGCUUAAAAAUUAUGCAUCGCUUAAUACAAGAAAGUGAUGUGCAUUGCAAAAGUGAACUUCACGUUAAUAGACAAACCUUUAAUAUUAUUUGUGAGAUGCUUAAGGAGAUUGGAGGCCUCACUCGGACAAAAAAUAUGUCUCUUGAUGAGAUAGUUGCCAUGUUUUUGUACACUUUAGCUCACCAUAAAAAAAAUAGAUCUAUUGCUCACUUUUUCAUAAGAAGUGGAGAGACCGUGAGUCGGCAAUUCAACUUAUGUCUGAGGGCUAUACUUAAGUUGCAUGAGCAUUUGCUUUACAAGCCCACACCAAUAUUAGAAGAAUGUGAAGACGAAAGGUGGAAACCUUUUAAGAAUUGUUUAGGAGCAUUGGAUGGUACCUACGUAAAUGUAACUGUACAUCCCCAAGGUCGUGGUAAAUAUCGGACAAGAAAAGGUAACAUUGCUAUGAAUGUGUUGGGUGUUUGUGCACCCAACAUGCAAUUUAUCUAUGUUCUUCCGGGUUGGGAAGGCUCUGCUCACGAUGUUCGUGUUCUUCGCAAUGCUCUCACUAGGCCAAAUGGCUUUAGGGUUCCUAGAGGUAACUAUUAUUUAGUCGAUGGGGGGUAUACAAACUGUGAGGGUUUUCUUGCUCCAUAUAGAGGGCAACUAUAUCAUCUUAAGGAAUGGACAGAUAGACAACCACAAACUGCAGAAGAGUAUUACAAUAUGAAGCAUGCUCGAGCAAGAAAUGUAAUUGAAAGAUGUUUUGGGUUACUUAAAGGGAGAUGGAGUAUACUUAGAAGCCCCUCCUUUUUCCCUAUUCGAACUCAAGGACGUAUUGUGAUGGCUUGUUGUUUACUUCAUAAUUUAAUAAGGAAAGUGAUGCCCACAGAUGAUGUAGAAGAAGAGAAUAUGAGUAAUGACAAUUCCGAUAACGAUUCUGAUGAUGAAGUUGAAUACAUUACUACAAUAGCUACUUCUGAUCGAUGGACUAAUUAUAGAAAUACGUUAGCUCAAGAUUUGUUUAAUGCUUGGAGGGAAAGUGUUAGACAAGGUUUGUACUAA